GUUGUUUUGCUAGCAUUACAGUUAUAUAAAUCCUUAUUGUAUCACGUACUCAACAAAUAUCUGCUUCCAAAGUUAUUGUAAUUUGGUUGUCGCAUUACCUGAAUUACCUCUCUCAAUUUCUCUGUUAUUGUUUCUCGCUGCUUAACACAAAUUCGUCACAAUGAGCAGAUUGGAUGGAAAAACCAUUUUGAUCACCGGUGCAUCCGCCGGUAUUGGUAAGGCUACUGCCAUUGAAAUUGCCAAGACAGGCAAAGCCAAAUUGAUUUUAGCCGCUCGUCGCGUCGCUGUUCUUGAGGAACUGAAGGCCGAAUUGGAAUCAAAAUAUGAAGGCGUUAAGGUUCUUCCCUUGAAACUCGACGUAUCAAACGUUGGAGAGGUAGAGUCUACAAUUGCUUCUCUUCCCGAAGAGUUUGCCAAUGUUGAUGUGCUUAUCAACAAUGCUGGUCUUGCUUUGGGUCUUAACUCUGUUCGCGAUUUGGACUUGCAAGAGACUAUGACGAUGAUUAACACAAAUGUUGUUGGUCUCAUUGCAAUGACGAGGGCCGUUAUCCGCAUCUUCUACAAAAACGGCGGUCAUGGUGAUAUUGUUAACGUCAGCAGUAUCGCUGCUCAUGAGGCUUUUCCUGCUGGUUCUGUCUACUGCUGCACCAAGGCAGCUGUGAGCAUGUUCACCUCUGCUGUGCGACAGGAAACCAUUGAUACUCGCAUUCGUGUGAUGGAGAUUGACCCGGGAAUGGUCGAUACAGAAUUCGCCACGGUUAUUACACACGGCGACAAGGCUAUUAUCGAUAAGUUUUAUGAAGGUUUCGAUCCUUUAAUCGGACAAGACAUUGGCGAGCUUAUCGUUUUCGGCAUUACUCGCAGGGAGACCUUUGUUCUCGCUCAAGCAACAGCCCUUCCUUCCAGUCAAUCCGGUUGUUCGGCUAUCCAUCGGGAAAUAAAGUAGUGAUGUAGAAACGCCAUAGAUAAUGAAAGUUGUUUACGAGGAAGA